GAAAGGAAAGGAAAAAAGAAAGGAAAAAGGAAAGGAAAGAAAAAAGAAAGCUUCCUGACUUGCCAGGCUGUCCCUUUCCUGGGGUUUUGGCUAGAGAAACAGGCUUUUGUUGUUGUCAUUGUUGUUCUUGUUUUUGUCUGUGCCCACUGGCAUUUCCAGAAUGCUUGCUCUGCCAGCCCCCAGUCUGUGACAGUGAGACAAAAGGAAAACUCAGGGCAUGCACCUCUGUGUCAUUCCUUGGGUUCUGAGGUUCCCAACCCGUUUGCUUUCUUUUCUCUUUCCGUGUCUCUUUCUUAUAUUGUCAAAAAGGAACCAGGGGCACCUGGAUGGCUCAGUCAUUUGAGCAUCUGACUCUUGAUUUUAGCUCAGGUCAUUGUGAGAAAAAAGGCCACUGACCCAAUCAGAGGAGGGACGCAGACACUCGAGCACAGUGAAGCAAGGCUUUAAUCAGGUUCUUGCAAGAGCAGGUGUCUCAUGGACAGGCACACUUGGGGCAGUUACCGCAGGCAAUUUAUCUCCUAGCCUGCAAGGCCCUCCCCUGACUCCUCAUUGGCUGAGCACUACAGAGGUGAGUCCCUCCCCUGGUUCCUCAUUGGCUGAGCACUACAGAGCAUACAGCCUUCAGUUCUUUGGUGCAUGCUCCUUGCAAAGCCCGCAAAAAUAAGCCUGUGAAAUGGAGAGGGGAAGAAGAACCAGGAAGUGAAGUGUCUAAGGGUUUGGGACUCCAAGUGCGGGGGUGGGGAUGCGGUUGUACAUAUUUCCAACAGGUUGUAAACUUAUUAACUAGACAGCGCAGCUUUUAUUUGGUAUUUCAGAAGAUGAAUCCUCUCACUUCUCGCAGUCAUGGGACUGAGCCUCACAUCAGGCUCCGCGCUGAGUGUGGAGCCUGCUUGAGAUUGUCUCUCUCUCCCUCUGCCUCUCUCCCCCACUUUCAUGCUGAGUCUCUCUUUCUAAAAAAAACAAACAAAAAAACACCACAGAGCCAAAAUGGAGUCACUAUAUUAAGCUCCAUCAAGACUUAACACCGAACAUAAUUGCAGUUUCAGCCUCUCCCAUGAGUAGAAUUUUAAACCAAUCAAUCUGGAAUUUUUCUGGUCAGCACUAGUGAGGUAAUCUGCAUGAUACCAUCCCCCUGCCUUCCCCUAAGGGAAGGUGACCUUGCCUGAAACAGUCUUUUCUUUUGCUAAUAACAUCCUGUCCCACCCAUUACUGGCCCAUAAAAGCCUUCCAUUUUGUGCAACUUCUUGGAGUACCCAUCUGUUUGUUAGGGGGGGAUGGUGAAUAGAGCCAAUUAGACAUUUAAGACUACUUAGUUGAAUUUUUGCUCUUUAACCGUCUCUAAUGUCCACAGUGUCUCAUAUCUUGCACAGGAAGAGGAAGAAGCGUAUCUUCUCCAUCUUCUGCAACGCGCAAGUCCCUUAAACCGAAUUAUAACGAGGUGUAACGUCCAUGCAGUGCGGCAGACCCGUCUUCACAGACAGCUCUGACGAGUCGCUGCCGGCUCCUCUGGGGAGACCAUCCCCCACCCACCGUCCACCUGCCACUGUUCGGCCAGCCCUUAGGAGGAGAGCCAUCCUCACUGCAGCUGACAGUGUCUCGGGGCCUCGGCUCUCAGCUUCCAGACCUCUCCCCGCUCCCAGCCCCCCAUGCCGAGGUCCGCCUUGUCAAUCAUUUCCUUCUGUCAUCGGCUUGGCAAACAGGAGAGAAAACGGAGCUUCAUGGGAAACAGCCGCAACAGUUGGUCUCACGCGCCGUUCCCCAAGUUGGAGCUGGGCCUGGGGUCCCGGCCCGCAGUGCCGCGGGAGCUCCCCGCCUGCUCCAUCUGCCUGGAGAGGCUGCGGGAGCCCGUCUCGCUGGACUGUGGCCAUGACUUCUGCGCGCGGUGCUUCAGCACACACCGCGUCCCGGGCUGCGAGCCGCCUUGCUGUCCAGAGUGCCGGAAGAUCUGCAAGCAGAAGAGGGGCCUCCGGAGUCUGGGGGAGAAGAUGAAGCUCCUGCCGCAGAGGCCUCUGCCCGCUGUGCUGCAGGAGACCUGCUCCGUGAGGGCCGAGCCGCUGCUGCUGGUGCGCAUCAAUGCCUCCGGAGGCCUCAUCCUGAGGAUGGGGGCCAUCAACCGCUGCCUGAAGCACCCCCUGGCCAGGGACACCCCUGUCUGCCUCCUCGCUGUCCUGGGGGAGCAGCACUCAGGGAAGACCUUCCUCCUCAACCACCUGCUCCGGGGCCUGCCGGGCCUGGAGUCAGGGGAGGGCGGCUGGCCGAGAGGAGGAGGGUCCCUGCAGGGGUUCAGGUGGGGUGCCAAUAGCCUCACCAGGGGCAUAUGGAUGUGGAGUCAUCCCUUCCUGCUGGGGAAGGAGGGGAGGAAGGUGGCUGUGUUCCUGGUGGACACAGGGGACGCCAUGAGCCCGGAGCUGAGCAGGGAAACCAGGACCAAGCUCUGUGCCCUCACCACGAUGCUGAGCUCCUACCAGAUCCUCAACACCUCCCCGGAGCUGAAGGAUACAGAUCUGGAAUAUCUGGAGAUGUUUGUGCACGUGGCCGAGGUGAUGGGCAGGCAUUAUGGGAUGGUGCCAAUCCAGCACCUGGAUCUCUUAGUCCGGGACUCAUCCCACCCCAACAAGGCAGGGCUGGGGCGCGUGGGUGACGUCAUCCAGAAAGCCUCCAGCAAAUACCCCAAGGUUCAGGAGCUGCUCCGAGGGAGGCGAGCCCGCUGCUACCUCCUGCCUGCUCCCGAGAGGCGGUGGGCCAGCAAAGACCACGGAAGCCCAGGCAACACAGAUGACGAUGUCCGCCACCUCUGUGCCUACGUCGCCGAUGUGCUGAGUGCGGCCCCCCAGCACGCCAAGAGCCGCUGCCAGGGGUACUGGAGCGAGGGCCGCCCCGCGGCCAGGGGAGACAGACGCCUGCUCACCGGGCAGCAGUUAGCUCAGGAAAUCAAGAACCUCUCAGGCUGGAUGGGGAGGACGGGGCCCGGGUUCACCUCCCCGGACGAGAUGGCCGCCCAGCUGCACGACCUGAGGACGGUGGAAGCUGCCAAGAAGGAGUUUGAGGAGUACGUGCGGCAGCAGGACGUGGCCACCAAGCGCAUAUUCUCUGCGCUCCGGGUACUGCCGGACACCAUGCGGACCCUCCUCGCCACCCAGAAAGAUGCCAUCCUGGCCCGCCACGGGGCGGCCCUGCUGUGCAAGGGCAGAGAGCAGACCCUGGAGGCCCUGGAGGCCGAGCUGCAGGCCGAGGCCAAGGUCUUCAUGGACUCUUACACCAUGCGCUUCUGUGGCCACCUGGCCGCCGUCGGGGGCGCCGUGGGCGCCGGGCUCAUGGGCCUGGCGGGCGGCGUGGUGGGCGCCGGCAUGGCCGCGGCCGCGCUGGCCGCGGAGGCCGGGAUGGUGGCGGCCGGCGCGGCGGUGGGGGCCACAGGGGCUGCGGUGGUCGGGGGUGGCGUGGGCGCCGGGCUGGCUGCCACCGUGGGCUGCAUGGAGAAGGAGGAGGACGAGAGGGUGCAGGAAGGGGACCGAGAGCCCCUACUGCAGGAAGAAUAACGGGGCCCAGGAGACCCAAGGGAGGAAGAGGUGCCGGGUGGGAGGGCAGGAGGUGCCGGAGGGGAGGGCUUGGGGGCGGUGUGGAGAGCACGGCGUGCUGCACCGCCCUGCUCCAAUGCCCAGUGUCCGGGUGGCUGGCCGAGCUGGACAAUCCAGGUGGCUCCAGGAUCCUGGGGAGGCCGCCUGGGGCCAGGAGGCCGUGUCUGGGGGCAGUGGAUAGAGGACAGGGCCCAUUCCUGGUUGCAGACCACUGCUAACCUGCCUGUGGUUCCCAGACCAACUUGACCCCAGGGUUUCCCACCCAGAGUGAGGCUCCACUGGCCUCCCUCUCCUGGCUUAUUCCCCUGAUGACCCUGAAUUGUAGGAAGGCUGAGCAGGCACCAUUCUGGAAGUCUCCCUUGGGUGAAAAGGAUCUGUCCCUUCACAGAUGGGAGAAGCCGCGGGGUCGGGUGACGUUGGUGCUCAGGACCAGGGAGCACUGAUGAGGGGCUGGGGGAGAGAGAGAAGGCGUGGCCACUGGGCAGAACCAAAGAGUCCGGUGUGGUGGACAGUGACCUAAUCCCCAGAGUGGAGACACUUUGCUCUGAUGAUUUUUCCCAGAGCUGCCCCCAGGUGGAUAAUGGUGGCCUCCCUGACCCUCCGCAGCCCCAGGGAGUCCACAUAUGCACUUUGAAUGGGGGUCCCUGUAGAUCUUCCCUCAUGGGUGUGUCCUUUGUUGAGCAAGCUCAGACCGCAGAGUGCCCCAGUUCUUUCUGGAAUGCUGUCCCAGCAAUGGGUUAGAUGCCAAAGAAAAAUGCCCGUAAUUGCAUUCUGAGCUAAAUCGGACAGCCCUCGUGAGUCUAUGAAAGUCCUGCAAGGGACAGCAAAGGGAAGAACACAUUCCAUCCCGAACAUGAACACGCCCUUUUUCUGGAGCCCAUGUCUGCAGGAGACCUGGGUGCAACCCCCCACAGGAACCCAGAGGGCCCAACGUCCUUCCAUGGGACAGAAAAGUCCUGCUGGAAGACUUCUAGGCUAUUAAGCUGUAAAGUAUUCAUGGGCGCCUUAUAUGAAAAAUAAACUGUGUGUGCUUGAGUGUCAA